UUCUUCCCUCCCUUCACACCGCACAACCUCUAAAAAAAAAACAGCAGAUAUAGAAGGACAGACGUUCAGCACUGCCGCUGAGAGAUAACCAGAGUUGGUCUCAGGAUGCCAGCAUAUGCCACCAGCAUGAGACUGAAGUUCCCUUUGGUGGCCUUGACUUUGGAGAUUAUCACCAUCGUCCUGUUUGCAGUGUUUGUGACCUAUGAUGAUGGGAUACACCAUGGUGAUCACCACAACGCCAACCAUAAUGCAACCAGUCCUAUGGAGCUCUACCCCAUGUUUCAGGAUGUCCACGUCAUGAUCUUCAUCGGCUUUGGUUUCCUGAUGACAUUCCUCAAGAAAUACGGCUUCAGCAGCGUGGGCCUCAACCUGCUGCUGGCUGCCUUCGGCCUGCAGUGGGGCCUCCUCAUGCAGGGCCUUUGGCACAUGGAUGAUGGCAAGAUCAAAAUCAACAUCUUCAAAAUGAUCAACGCAGACUUCAGCACAGCUACCGUCCUGAUCUCCUUUGGUGCUGUUCUGGGUAAAACCAGCCCUGUGCAGCUCCUCAUCAUGACCCUUCUUGAGAUCACCUUCUUCGGCAUCAAUGAGCAUCUGGUGGCAAAUGUUCUGAAGGCCAACGAUGUUGGAGCGUCGAUGAUCAUCCAUGCUUACGGCGCCUACUUUGGCUUGGCGGUGGCUCGAGUACUUUACCGACCUAGUUUGAGAAACGGACAUGAGAAUGACGGCUCUGUUUAUCAUUCUGAUAUGUUUGCUAUGAUUGGAACUGUCUUCCUGUGGAUGUUCUGGCCCAGUUUUAACUCAGCUAUUGCCGAUCCGGGCCAGUCUCAGCUCAACGCAGUGGUCAACACCUACCUCUCCCUGGCUACCUGCGUGCUUUCUGCAUAUGCCAUCUCCAGCCUCGUGGAGCACAAAGGAAAACUGGACAUGGUGCACAUUCAGAAUGCCACUUUGGCUGGUGGCGUUGCUGUGGGAACGUGCGCUGACAUGAGCAUCGAGCCAUUCGGGGCCAUGUUGAUUGGACUAAUAGCUGGCAUCAUCUCUACCGUGGGAUUCAAGUUCCUCUCGCCCAUCCUGGCAUCCAGCCUGGGCAUCCAGGACACCUGUGGAGUUCACAAUCUGCAUGGUAUGCCUGGCAUCCUCGGCGGGCUGGCUGGCAUCGUGGCUGUGGCUCUGGGCAAGAAAGAAGGCUCCGCAAUCAUGCAAGCCGCCGCCUUGGCUUCAUCCCUCGGGUUCGCGUUGAUCGGAGGUGCUCUAACAGGUUUUAUAAUGAAGUUGCCAUUCUGGGGACAGCCUCCAGACAAGAACUGCUUUGACGACUCUAUUUACUGGGAGGUUCCUGAGGAGGAGGAAGAGCACGAGGAAUGCUUGGCUGCUGCAGAUCACUCAAAGAACAAAGCAGAAGCUUAAAGACAUACGUGUCAUCCACUUAGCUAUGAAUGAAGAUGUGAGAAAUUUUCUUUUGGCAACAACUUUAGUUGUUAAUUCGUAUCAUUCUUGAACACACAAACACACACACAAACACACACACACACACACACACACACACACACACACACACACACACACACACACACACACACACACACACACACACACACACACACACACACACACACACACACACUAUUUACAAACACUGUCAACCUUUUUAACCUGUUUUGUGCAUAAAAAUAUCUCAAAUCUUAGUGCAGCUUUAAUUUACAAUUAAGUAGGCCACUGAAAAGAAUUACACAUGCCACUCUAAAAAAAAAAGGUAUGUUAUCAUAAUAAGCAUAGAGUUUGGUUUAUCCAAUUUACAAAUAUAAUGAAAAAAGAAUAAAACAGCGUUUUCUUUUUAUACUUAAAAUGUUGAUUAUUUAUCUAAAUACAUUAAUGAACCAUUACACAAAACAAAGUGCUAUACCUUUACUGCUGAAACACAGCUGUCUUUAUAAGCUUUUCUUUAUGUCAUUCUAUAUAAUAACAAAGUAUACAAGUAUGUAUAAGAUAUUACUUUGGCGUGUAUUUUUCUUCAUACUUUUUCUUACUCCUGAGCUAACCACAUCUGCUCAAACUUGGGUCAAAAAGAGGCGGUAAACUGGGGUUGGAUCUGCUGUCUCGCUUUACCUCACUGAAGUCCAGUCCUUGUGCGAGGAGUCCAACGUGUGAAAAAGCAGCGUCGAGACUCAAACAUGGGCAGAGAUGGUUGCAUAAUGCUCCUGUAACUAAUAAACUUGUAUGUGACGUAUCAUUUGAUACUCCCCAGAGUCUUUCUGAGGACAUCUGUAUAAAUUAGUGAAAGACUGCCUGUCACUGGGCAAGAUACGUUUUGUUGCGUUUUUCUACUUUUUAACAAAUGUAUUUUUACAUGUACAUACAGUUUUAGCUCUUAGACACAUUGACAUGGUCAGUUUCAUCAAGGCUAAGAAAAUGCUCCUGGUACUGAAUACUUUUUCAAAGAUGAUUUGAAUAAAUCAACAGGGACUGUUUUAUCACUCUAUUAUGUGCAUCAGUCAUCCUGUGUUGCAUCCAUUUUUUCUGUUUGAUUCAGUUUCAGUAUUUUUUUGUUUUCAGCAAGAAAAAAAAACUCAGUUGAAUAUUGCAAGGUAAGAACUCACAUUCCCUCUUAGGUGCUAAAUGCUCAGGUUGUCAUGUUCUGAAUCUCUGAAAAGCACCUAGAGACAAUUUGUAUUGUAAUAGAGGCUAUAUAGAUAAAAUUGAAUUUCAUUGAAUUGAAUAAGAGGUUAUUAAUGUGUUUAUUGUCAAAUAUAGGACAGAGAGCUAGAUGAAACUGACUACAAAUAGACUUAAUCAAACGUAUUCAGGUUUUUCCACAUGAUUUAUGAUGCUCAGAACACUGACAAGCAUCAAGAUUUUUGUAUUUUUAUACAGAGGACAUGUGCUCCUGUUUGUAUAAUAUACCAAUACUGUCAUAAUAAAUGUUUUUGUACAAUA